CGUUAAGCUUCUCCUUGCGUUGUAAAGAUGGCUGCGGCCAGUAUUGUUGAGACGUGAGUGGGCUGGCUACACUUGCUCAGUGCAAAAUUGAAUUCUUGUUUCUUUCCAAUAUUUCUUCAUAGACAAUGGAAAUAGAACAGCUGCCGGAAAGCCUCCUGCUAGAGGUAUUUCUUCACCUAAAGUUCAAGGACCUGUGUUUCUGCGCAAGUGUUUGUCGACGAUGGCGACGGGUUGCACGUGACAGAGUGCUUCGACGAAUGAUUGACGUGUCGGCCCAUCCACUCUCGGCACUGCAGGCAUGGCACCUUAUUCGAGCUCAUGCAGAUGCAAACCUUGUGGAGCUACGAAUAUCAGGCAGCGCUCACAUGUUCUUCUCCAACCGUAGGGCACAGCACACAUUCACACCAAAGUUCUUCAAGCACCUGGCACAGCGUUGCCCAUCACUGAAGGUACUCCAUCUCACAGAUGCCUUCCUCGCACGCAACAUGACAACAACCAAGAUGUCAGUGUCGGACCUUCCACCAUUGCUGACACACUUGUCACUGCGCAGUUGCUUCUUCCAUCCGGCUGAGUUCUUUCGUGCUGAAUUUGGCCGGCCUGCCCUGCACUCUCUGCAGCUGCUUGACCUAGCUGACUGCAACCUUGUGUCAAGCGUUGAGCUGGGCCGGCUCGAACAGUGGCCUUCGCUUCGUGCACUGAGCCUGGAAGGCUGCCACCGGGUCAACGACGGAGGCCUGAGCAACAUUUUGCCACUUAUCAGCAAUCUGGUUGCCCUGGACAUUGAGGGAACUGACAUCAGCGAUCGAGGUGUGGAAAUGAUCCUGCUCCAUGGCCUGAACCUCAGGUUUCUGUUUCUUGGCCAUACGUCUUGCACCGGGGAAGUGUUUAUGUCUGUCUCAAGACAACUGAAGGGUCGUCGCAAGCUGGGGCUGUCCCAUAUAUGCCUCAGGAGGACACUUGUCAAGGACGAGCCUUUGUAUUGGCUUCUGGAAAUGGUUCCUCAUUUGAUGUGGCUGGCCGUGACGAGUCGUCACAUGUCGGCGGACGUGAGGGCCAAAGUAAAGGAGGCCGUGCCAACUUCAUGCCAGUUUGUGCAGUUUUUGCCUUUCUAUGUGAAUGCAAGUACAUUCUGCAGGCAUUUUGUGUCUGACAGCAUCCAAAAUCUGAAGCUGGAAAUGAUUCCAUGUGGUGAAAGAACAGCACCUGGUUAACAGAGUCGGUUUAAGAGUAGCUGGUGAAUGACAAAAGACUUUCAGUUGCUGGAAGUUUGUACUUUCAUGAGGUGUGCUUGCAGUGCACUAGUUUGUUGAUUGCCUGCUUAAACUGUACCUUGAAAAAUAAAUGUAUUUAUUAGAAGGAUCGA